GACCUUUUACUUCUUUUUUGCGCUAAACUCUGCGUCAGGUCGAGGUUAAUUUGUACUUUUGCGCUUAACAUUCGACGUUCGUUCUUGCCCGAACGGUUAGUUUACAGCUGAUCGUUCAUCAUGAAGCAGCUCGGCAGCAUCUGCAAGGAGAAGUUCACAAGUUUGGAGGAAGGUCUGGUCCCCGAGGCGAGGAUCUUCACGCAGGGCGCGAGGUCCGCGAGUAAGAACAAAGCUUGCAAACAGGUUGCACAAUGCGUGAAAGUAAUCCUGUAUUUGCUGUUCGUGGGAUUGGCUGUUUACUUGAUGUGGCAGACGUUCAGCAUCAAUAUGAUGGAGUUCAAGGUGAUAAACAGCAUCCGAGAGUCGCAGUCGGAGGGUUUGUCCGGUCAGCGUUCGACGUUCGACAAAAGUGCGACAAACACGGUGGAAGAGUUUCACCGUUUCAACGAUAUCUCGACGACGGAGGCUUCGGAUCUCGAUAGAAAAACGUCUUUCACCAACGAAACUGACGACGACGAGUCGCUCAAAACUGACGUUGUCACCGAAAGCGAUGAUAUCUACGAAACUCACAACGAGGGAGUUGUUGGCACAACUGCAAGCACCGACGAGGCCGAGGAAAUCACUUUCACGAGAAUAGCAACCACCGAAUCUCCGGUCGAGUCGAAUUCCUCGCUUGCGCAACAGAUGAACGAAAGGUUUUAUGAUAAUUACGACGAGGACAACUAUCUCGUGAACGACGAGAUGAAAUUGGAACGCGUCCAGGAAGAAAUUUUGGAUAACUACGCUCUUCUCUCGUUGAUCAUACAAAACGCCGUGAGAACGUCGCAGAUCAUCGAUUCCUUUGUUGAAUACGACAACAGCGACAAUUGGGGGGAUUCUGCGGCGCUGAGUCCGCAAAAUGGCAAUGGCGUUGAGGAGGAAAAUAGCCAGGGGACUCAGGAGACUGAGGAAACGUUGAAAUUAUUUAUAAACGAAGGUGAUUACGAGGAGGAGAAUCCCGAAAAUUUCGACUAUCAAAUUGAAACAGUUACGGAGAGUACAGCGAAAGAUUACUAUGGGCAAUUUUAUAGACGACUCUACGGUCCGUGGAGGAUAUACGUAUAGGACUCCCAUGUCUAAACUUUCAGGACAACGUUGCAAGGACAUCGUUGAACAGUUUGAAGGCGACGUGACGAGGGCUUAGGUCGUUCACGAUGGAGAAACUUCCGUAACAAUUGAACCAACGACGAAACGACAAAGAUGAGAAACUUUGUUCGAAGAUCAAACGCGAACAGUUUCUUCGAUUAUCUUUCCGAAGAAUUGGUACUUUUCUUUUUUUUUUUUUUUUGUCAAAUGAACCUUUCUUCUCAUCGUGUGGCUCGCUAAGAAUUUUAAAAGUACAUCGUCAAUUCGAGAAAAACUUGAUCGAUAUGUUUUCACGUGUCUUAUUAUUGAUCUUGUAGUUUAGAUAACUUAUUACGUAUAUAUUUCAUUGAAUAAGUUAAAA